CUUCUUAAUUAACAAAAUGGUGAAGAUAGCUUUUGGCAGUAUUGGUGACUCUUUCAGUGUUGGGUCACUGAAGGCUUAUCUUUCUGAGUUCAUUGCUACUCUUCUUUUUGUGUUUGCUGGUGUUGGCUCGGCAAUUGCUUAUGGUAAGUUGACAUUGGAUGCAGCAUUAGACGAAGCAGGGCUGGUGGCCGUGGCCGUGGCCCAUGCAUUUGCUUUGUUUGUGGGUGUCUCCAUGGCUGCCAACAUCUCUGGUGGCCAUUUGAAUCCAGCCGUCACCUUCGGAUUGGCUAUCGGCGGCAACAUCACCAUCCUAACUGGAAUUUUCUACUGGGUUGCGCAAUGCCUUGGCUCCAUCGUCGCUUGCCUCCUCCUAAAGUUCGUUACUAGCUCCACUACCCCAACCCACGGAGUUGCUUCAGGAAUGAGUAGCUUGGAAGGCGUUGUAAUGGAGAUCGUUAUAACUUUUGCCCUUGUGUAUACAGUAUACGCCACGGCCGCAGACCCCAAGAAGGGCUCACUGGGGACGAUUGCACCAAUUGCAAUUGGGUUCAUAGUUGGUGCAAACAUUCUUGCUGCUGGACCAUUCAGUGGUGGGUCAAUGAAUCCAGCCCGAUCUUUCGGCCCAGCUGUGGUUAGUGGGGACUUCUCACAGAUCUGGAUCUAUUGGGUUGGGCCUUUCAUUGGAGGGGGCUUGGCUGGGCUUAUUUAUGGUGACAUUUUUAUUGGGUCCUAUUCUGCUACCCCAAUUGAAGACUAUGCUUGAUUAAGACUUGUUUGUGCUCUUGGUUUGUUGGGUGAUUUUCUCACUUUUGGAGGUUUUAUCUUUUUG